AUGUCCGAACCGACGACGAUCAAAGUGUCCUUGUCACAGUUGGCCAAAAUGAUCGAUCACUCUCUUUUACACCCGACCAUGACGGAUCAGGAAAUCCAGGCCGGGUUGGAAAUUGCAAAGAAAUACCAGACGGCUACGGCUUGCGUCAAGCCAUACGCGAUCGCCCAAGCAAAGAAAGCCCUCGAGGGGUCAGGCGUUGCGGUCUGUCCUGUCAUUGGCUUCCCUGCGGGCAAUAGCACUAUUGAAGUGAAGGUCUUUGAAGCACAGAAAGCCGCCGAAGCAGGUGGCGCAGAGAUCGAUAUGGUGGUCAAUAUCGGCAAAGUCCUCUCCGGUGACUGGGACUACAUAACCACCGAAAUCGCAGCAGUCAAUUCGGCAGUGCGGAAUCGAGGGGCGAUAUUGAAAGUCAUCUUCGAGAACGAUUUUCUAGAAGAUAGGCACAUCAUCAAACUGUGUGAGAUUUGUUCUGCAUGUGAUGUUGCCUUCGUCAAGACAUCAACUGGUUAUGGGUUCGUCAAGCAACCCAAUGGCAUGUACACGUACAAGGGCGCCACAGUGCCUCAUUUGAAGCUCAUGAGACAGAACUCUGAACCCAAAGUCCAGGUCAAAGCAGCGGGUGGAGUGCGGACGUUGGAUGAUUUGCUCUAUGUCAUGUCCAUAGGUGUUACGAGGAUAGGAGCCACCGCCACCGUUGCGAUUCUGGAAGAGGCGAAAAGGAGAGGGAUAGGUGACCAGCCAGUUGAGGUGGAAGUCAAGCCCAUGGCGGGAGCAACCACCGAUGGAGCGGCUUACUAG